AAAGCUUAUAGACAUGUGACCGCUAAACCUUAUUUGAAAAAAAGCAUACAAAAGAAAAACAAAAUGGCAGCAAUAUGGAUAAAAACAUGUUUGGAAUUCAUCCGUUGAUAUGGAUGACUGUCGCAGCGCGGUUUCAUUGUAAAUUUGCGUAACUUUAUGAGAGCGUAAGAAACGUAUCUUGGAUUUUGCCCUUUGCCAACCACUUGGAAAACUGUUCAGACGGGUGAAUAUCCAGAAAGUGUACGGGGAGUAUGGAGUCUGGAGGUAUUCAAGAAAGCCCAGAGUCUUUGGCUUUGCUGGAAGCAGCAAAAAACCUUAAUCUGGAAGAAAUAAAAAAGCUAGUAGAUCUCGGUGCAGUAACAGCAGCCAUUGACUAUGAAACGGGAAGAAAUGCCCUUCACUUUGUGGCCGACGUUGCUGAGAAGGAAAACGAAGACAGUGCCGCUGAAAUUGUUAGCUGGUUGUUGUCGCAUGGCGGCGUUUGGAAUGCACUUGACCGUGCUGGAGAGUCGCCUGGUUGCAUUGCCCGUCGUAGACAUUUGGCAAAGUUGUAUGACCGGAUUCUCGAUGCCGGUGUCCGUUCAGAGAUGAUCUUGGCACUUUUGGAGCGUAAGGAGCAUGUGAAUGAGCAGUUGGAUACUCAUUCCAAUUACCUGAACAGUGUCUUGUCCUAUACCCAACCGACCACUGAUAGUAAGAGUCUUCUGGACAGCGAUGCCAAUGCAGUUAUGAUGUCCUGGGAGCGGAACAUCAUGCAACGUUCCGCCGAGCUCAUUGCUCCCAAGCCCGGGUGCCGAGUUUUGAACAUUGGAUUUGGUCUGGGUAUCAUUGACACCUUUUUGCAAGAACGAGAGCCUUCCCUGCACGUUAUCUGCGAGGCUCACCCAGACGUGCUGGCUCAUAUGCGUAAAACUGGUUGGAUGGACAAGCCCAACGUUGUCGUCUACGAAAUGAAGUGGCAGGACGCUGUCGAGGACAUUGCUUCCAAGUACACAUUUGAUGGCAUUUACUAUGAUGCAUUCGCAGAGAGUUACGAAGACCUGCGAAACUUCUUCGAUGCUGCUGUCGGUCUGUUAGAGCCUGCACCCGAGUCAACAUUGUCGUUCUUCAAUGGGCUUGGUGCCGACACUCAGACAUUCUACGACGUCUACAACCGUCUCGUCCCCAUCGACCUUGUCUCGUUCGGAUUCACGUGUGAGUACGAACUUAUGGAUGUUGCCUCCCAAGACGACGAGUGGAAAGGCGCCAAACGUCGCUAUUGGAACGCCGACAAAUACUACUUGCCUGUCAUACGCUUUGAGGGUCUGUAAACACGUACACGUGUGAAACCAUAUUGUAUAAAAACUUUGGAGAGGGAUCGUUAUGUCUACAAACAGCGCGGCCAACAAAACGGCCGCAGGCAGUGGAAAAACAGAAAAGAGCAAGCACGAAAAGCUAGGAGCUGUCCAUGUGGGCAUGAGUCGUAGGUGCGUUAGGUUACGUGGAUGAUGGCAGCGUGAAUGCGUGCGCGUAUAUAUGUGUGUAAUAGGAGUGUUUUGCAUGUCCGUGUGUAGUUGGAAAGGUGUGGAAACCCGGGAUCUGUUGAUCGUCUCUGGCACUCACAGAACUGCUCUAGGAUUCUGGCCUGCGUCGUCUGUUCAUCUUAAAAAGACAAGGGGUAAGCAGUAGCUAAUAUUUGCCUUGUUAACAAAGAGUCAGUGUAGGGAUGUACACACACACUCUCCUUUACAAUCCGUUCAAAAGGGCCUCAAUGGCACCCUGGACGUUUCCGCCGCUUCGGCGAAGAGCUUGAACAUUUUUUUCAAAGUCCACAAAACCCAUUUCGUUGAGUUGGCUCAGUUGAGUAGCGUAACGCUCCUCUGGAGGCCGGUUGUCGACGGGAGCAGGAGAGGCAGCAGCAGCAGCAGCAGCAGCAGGGGAAAGACCGCCUCCAACAGCCGAAUUGAGACUGCUGAGCAAGGACUGCAGUGAGUUGGCGGCUUGCCGGGGGUCAACAGCAGGACUGCCAGUAGCAUUUGAAGCGGCACCAGUAGCAUUAGUAGCAC